AUGUCCUACUCAGACAGUAGAGCUGACAGAACCGGCGUAGUGGUGCAGCCACCGCUGCCACAAGCAGUCGGAUAUGCAAUCGUUGUUGUCGUGGGCAUCAUUAUUGCGACUGUCAUGAUUUUUAUCACGCGCCUGCUAAAAAAUACUCUUGGUGAAGACAACAAAAAGACCGAAAUGUUCAUGACAGCCAACCGCACGGUUCGGACGGGUCUCACUGCCUCUGCGGUGGUAUCUUCCUGGCUCUGGUCCACUGCGCUCCUAGGCUCGAGUCUCGUCGGGUACAACUACGGCGUGGCUGGGCCAUUCUGGUUCGCCGCCGGAUGCAGCCCUAUGAUCGUGUUCUUCGCGUUACUGGGUGUAUCCUGUAAGCGCAAAAUUCCAGAGGCGCAUACCUCACUAGAAGUCGUGCGGGUGCGAUACGGGCGUGUGGCGCAUGUAGUCUUUAUGAUUCUGUGUCUGAUUAACAAUAUCUUUGCGUGUGCAAAUAUGCUGCUAGGUGCUUCGGCGGUUAUUUCUGCUAUGACCGGUAUGCAUGUUAUCGCAGUGACUUUCCUAUUACCUCUAGGUGUGUCGCUGUACACUUUUGUCGGAGGCAUCAAGGCAACGUUCCUUACGGACUACUUCCACACUGUCGUUAUCGUCCUCGUUGCAUGCUACUUCUCAAUCAAAGCUUUUACCUUCAGCGAAAUCGGAUCUGCUGGAAACCUGUACGACCUUGUCCAGGCUGCUGGUGCAAGAAACCCGGUGUCAGGGAAUGCCCAGGGAACAUAUUUGACAAUGACAUCGAAGGAUGCAAUUCUAUUUGGGAUUAUCCACAUUUGUGGGAACUUUGGCCUAGUGAUUAUGGACACUAGCUACUUUAUCAAAGCUUUCGCUGCCUCCCCAGCUGCAGUCGUCCCAGGGUACACUAUUGGCGGAAUCGCCUACUUCGCUAUACCCUGGGCACUGGGUACGGUUAUGAGUUGUGUCGCCGUUGGAUUGGAGAAUACCCCUGUCUUUCCGACAUACCCUAGGCGUAUGACAACAUCCGAAGUCAGCUCCGGGCUUGUUUUGCCAUUCUCAGCCCUAACCAUCGCUGGCAGCGGAGGCGCCGCCGCCGUUAUCCUGAUCACGUUUAUGGCAGUAACAUCCACACUUUCUGCACAAGUCAUUGCCGUGAGCUCGAUCAUCAGUUUUGAUAUAUAUCGCGAGUACUUCAAUAAGUCAGCAUCAGAUAGACAGAUCAUCAGAUGGAGCCACUUUGGUGUUGUUUUCUUCGCCUUCUUUUCUGCUGCAUUUAGUACGAUGUUAUAUUAUGUUGGUGCGGAUUUGCAAUGGACAUUAUAUAUGCUUGGAGUCGUUACAUGCCCUGGUAUCUUCCCCAUGGCCUUCACCGUCCUCUGGCGUGGCCAAAACACACUAGCGGCUAUUCUCGCUCCUAUAUUGGGUCUUGUAACAGGAUUGGCAGUCUGGAUUACCACAGCCCAUUACUUCUAUGGGGCAGUCACAGUCUCCUCAACAGGCCAAGUUAUUCCUUGUGUGUACGGUACCGUCGCUUCAGCAUUCUCGCCACUCCCAUAUUCUGUCAUCAUAACAUAUCUUACUGGACCACAGAGCUAUGAUUGGGCAGACUUCAAAAAGGAACAUCUUGCGGUUGAAAAGUUGGAUUCGGAUUUGACUACGACUCAUCACGUGCUCAAAAGUCCGGAGAGUCAGCAGCAACAGCAACACAAUUACGAGGAUCCGGCUUCGGCUGCAAGUAAUGCAAAGGAGCUCCAGCGCUGGGGCCGUAUUGCGGGCUUCUGGUCUGUUGCGACGUUUUUGGGCCACUGGGUUAUUUGGCCAUUGCCAAUGUACGGCAGUCGAUACAUUUUCGGAAAGGGGUUCUUCAUUGCAUGGGUAAUUGUGUCAAUCGUAUGGUUGUGGUUAACCAUGCUUAUGGUCACGUUCUAUCCGCUCAUAGACGGGGGAAUCGAGCAGACGGUGUUCGUGUUCAAGCAGUUGAUUGGAAGAGACGAGAAGGGCAUAAGGGAGAGACUCGAAUUUGGAAAGCGUAAAGAUAGGAGUGAGGAUUGCUGA